ACUCGGCUCCUCUUCCCGCCAUCUUCUCCCGCUUGGAAUGGAAACCUUCUUCGUUAUUGCCUCCUAUUCUGAGCACCCAAAAAUGAAAAAGAGAAACCAAAAACCCAGGAGUAUCAGAAGGAACAAAUGGGUAUCAAGGAUCUUCUCAGAUUUAUGAAGCCUCACAUCGAACCCAUUCACAUUAAAAAAUACGCCGGCAAGCGCGUGGGUAUCGAUGCUUAUUCAUGGCUUCACAAAGGAGCUUAUUCAUGUAGCAUGGAGCUUUGUCUGAAUUCAGAUAGUGAUAGGAAAAUGAGGUACUUGGAGUACUUUAUGCACCGAAUCAAUCUGCUUCGGCACCAUAAGGUAACCCCCGUCGUCGUUUUCGAUGGCGGCAACAUCCCAUGUAAGGCUGCCACCGAGGAAGAACGACACAGAAAGAGAAAAGCUAAUCGUGACUUGGCGAUGGCAAAGCUCAAACAAGGGGAUGCUAGUGCUGCCUAUGAACUCUUCCAGAGAGCAGUGAGUAUUACUCCAUCCAUGGCGCAUCAAGUGAUACAGGUUCUUAGAUCAGAGAACAUUGAAUAUGUGGUGGCUCCAUAUGAGGCUGAUGCACAGCUGGCAUAUCUGUGCAGCCUUGAAGCUGAAAAGGGUGGUAUCAUUUCUGUGAUUACAGAAGAUAGUGAUCUAAUAGCAUAUGGUUGCCAAGCUAUUGUCUUCAAGAUGGACAAAUUUGGCAAUGGCGAAGAGAUAGUGCUAGACAAGAUAUUUGGUUCUGUGGCCCGUACACCUUCCUUCCGAAACUUUGAUAUGGACUUGUUCACAGGUAUGUGUGUUUUAGCUGGCUGUGAUAUCCUUUCAUCUAUUCCCGGAAUUGGGAUUGGAAAAGCUUAUGCUCUGGUCUCCAAGUACCGAAAUUUAGAUCGCGUUCUAUCAGUUUUGAAGUUUGAGAAGGGCAAUCAAAUGCCUGAUGACUACUCCAAAUCUUUUACAGAAGCAGUUGCAGUUUUCCAACAUGCCCAAAUAUAUGAUAUUGACACUAAAAAGCUCAAACAUCUAAAACCUCUUCCAGAAAAUCUUCUACAGUCUCUGAAUGGAGAGCUUGAGUUCCUGGGACCAGAAAUGCCUACAUCAAUUGCUAAUGCAAUUGCUGAAGGUUAUUUAGACCCUAUAAGCAUGGAGGCUUUUGAUCAUUUCCCAAGUUCUGGAUGCCAUCCAGAUUCCCUUGUUAUCCAAUCCUCUGGUCAACUAGAAAGUCUUGAAGCUGCUGCGGUAUCUACACAAGAGAGCUGCAUCACAAUCUCUUCCUCCCACAAAACCAGCAAAACUGAUGUUUCAGAGAAACAGAGGUCAGUUUCAAAUUCAAGUAAAUAUCUGAAGGAAGCUGCAGCACUAGAGAAACUAAUUUUGCCAUCAGACAUUCAUGGAACGGUAGAAAUUCCAACGGUUCAGAACAGAAAUUCCCUGAAGGUUCCUGACAACAACCCGUUCAAGAAGAGGAAAUGGGAUGAAAUCCAGUUGGAUCCAAUUGAGAGCAUUACUGAGCAAGUUUCAUUUGCGACUGAUGAAAGUUUGGGCAUCUUGUGUGUCACUCCAGACAACACUCCAUUAAAGGUUCUUGACAAGUCUCCUAGAAAAAGAAGGCUCAGUGACAUUCAGUCAGAUCAGACAGCUGGUCAUGUUUCUGGUAUAACUGACUUGGGAUACUCAGACACCAUGUGCAUAAAUUUGGAAUCCCAGGAGAGUGUAAAUUCUAAGCCUAAAAGGGUCACAGAUGGAAAAAGGAGAGAGAAAAUUGAGAAGUCAAAAAGGGGCAGCAGCAAGAGUUCAGAAAAUAAAAAGAACAACAGUAUCUUGAAUUUCUUCUCUCGUGUAUAGUAUACAAAUGAAUUUCAUUUGUAUUUAAUUUUUUUUACCAGAUACUUUAGGCAUUCUUUGAGCCAUUUGUUCAUUUCAAAGGUGAAGAUUGCUGAAAGAGUAGCUCAUUUACGACUU